GGUCUGGUCUGAAGCUGUUGCAAAACCCGGCGAGGCCGGAGCCGCAGCGGCCGCUACCGGCGGAGCGCAACUCGAGGGCCAACUUCUGCAAAGUGGUCGGCGGCGACGCGCAUGCGCAGAGCCGGACGGCUCAGUGGCGAAACCGCGUGGCUCGCCGUGCCUUCAGCAGUAGCUGCCGCGGCGCAGUCCCGAUCGGAACGCAGCGGAGCCGUGCGUCAGCAUAGCAGCAGUGCGUCGCGUCGUAUCGGGCGUCCUCCAGCCGCUCCUGGACGCCUCGCUCCAGGGCCUCUUUCUGCGUCGAUAACAACAUCUCCGCAGCGGGACAGCUUCUGACUGGAAAUGCGGUCUCGACGCCGAUACUGACGAAACCGCAGCGAUUUCGUGUGUGCACUGUCUUGCCAUCCACUUCCCAUUCCGAAUCGUAACUACUUUCGACCCAAUUUCACCAGCAAGAUUGUCGAUUCAGUUCACUGUGGAUUCAGUAAAAGACCUAAAUUUGCCUAUACCCACGACAAAUACUACAUGUGCGUGUACUGUGCUCUAACUAGCGUUGACUGAAAUGUAAAUCCUACACUCUCUUCCCCAUUCGCAUAAAAAAAAGUAGUACACUUCGUAUGGUAAGGUAGAACUUUGGAACAGUGUAAGAAAUCGAUGUUGUUUAUGGUGGUUUGCUCUUUGAACUUUUGACGACAGCUACAGUCGUCGAUAAUUUUGAGAAGAGAUCGCUCCCAGUUCUUGGAAAACGUUGGAGACAUGUACUUCACCGACAACAGACUCUCCACUUGUUGCAACUGGGAAAUACUUCUGAACGGCGCUGCGUGAUCUACGUGAAUACUGACGAAGCCAGAGAAACAUCGAGUGUAUUGUCUUGUCACCCAAUUCUCUCUCCCUCCCUCCUCCAUACCCUCCUCCACAAAAUCGAAUUGCUCGUAUUUUCGGAUCACUUCCAUAAAUCCAGUUGUUGACUGGAUGAUGCACUUUGCACUUAGUAGAAGACACUAUUUUGCUACUACCCACAGCAAAUAUAGCGUAAAUGCGUAGUUCAUCCCGACACCUUCGAUUAAAACGUAAAUCACUAACGAUUCGUGGCGAAAAAAAAAUCACUCUUCUACAGUAAAUAUUACAGAUGCAAAAUAACUUUCCAGCGACAUCGGCCUUGCUGUAAAAUCGCUAUAGUUUACUGUCACGAGUGUUAGAUUUGUCGUUAUUGGCCAAGUGAGUUCAGGUUCUAUAGUUUCUCAAAGAAAACACACCCACACAUUAACGAUCUACUUGUAAAUUCCUUGAUUUUCGUGCCCUUAUUGUCACCUCGGCUAAAAAAAACAGUCGUUCCCCAUUCCGUAUCAGUUUCGGUAUUUUCGGGAUGCAGCGUGCUUACAUAUUGUCACUCCCUAUGUAGAUUAUCUAAGACCACUGUCUUUACUAUGAGUACGGUUUAAAACUUCAGAUCUGUAGCAGAGAGCAAUUUCAUUUUGGCAUAUCAACGCAGUCACCAACAGAUCUAUUACGAUAUGCCGUAACGGUAGCGCCAAAUUUUUUGUUUUGUUUUGAAUGCAGUUUUGUGAACUAGUCUGCCGUUAACAAAAGCAGCUUUCUUGACAAAGCUGUUUCAUUCUCAGAGUUUACACACGCUGCGUCUCAAUGCCAUCUGGAAUAUUUACCUAUUGCCAUUGAAUACAACGUCGCGAAAAUUAAUUCGCGCAUCAAAAAGGCAAGCAAUUUCUAGGAACCUAUUCAUCAUCCUACUCGCCAUACCAAAAAUCUACUUUUUAUGGUAAGAAUCUUCCAGUUAGUGUCACUGGACAAUAACCCCUAUUACUCGAAUAUUACACUCGUACUUGAGACUUGGUGUUACAGUGUUUGUCCGAAAAUCGAGAACGUUGCGUGAUGAUGAUUUUAUAAUUCGUACGUCAAUAUUUGGUGACAGACAGCUUUAGUAAACAUAGUUCGGUGCGUAUGUGUCUCGUAUUUCAUCUAUACUAAAAAAUACUGCACAUUACACUGGCAACAUUUUAGCUGAAUCACUUAUUUCUCAAUUGUUAGCGACAAUUACAGCUGUGUAACAAGUGUCGCGCAAAAUGUGUCUGUAAUCGAGAAACGUGCUCCAUUUCCUAAAGCACCAUACACUCAAUUUUGGCAACAUACUGUUCGCGUUGCUUUCGCAAACCUCUUUCGCGUGCUUCUAGAUUUCUUGUGUGAGGCAGUGAUACACGUUUUCCUCUCACUUGUUGCUGAAAGGGCGUCGUAUACUCAGUACCUGGCAAGGAUAAAAACUGCGUUAUUUCCUGGAACGCUAGAUCGCUUCAAAGCACGGCAUAAAAUUUUUCUCUAGAGGAGUUUAGUCUUAACAGCUGUGACAGAUAAGCUAUCCCCAACAGCCAUUUGGUUUGUAUGGAAACAAUAAAGUUAUCGAUAGCUACAGCAGUAUUCGCGGUGCGCUGAUAACCCAAACCUGUAUCUGUCAUCGCGAAAAGCUGAAGUGCCAACUAGCGUAACUAGAGCAGACAUUAAUCUUGUUGUACUUCUAAACCAUCAGUAAAUCCCACCGCAACAUACGAAUAGUAUUAUAGUGUGUCAUAGUGUAUGUAAUUUUGUAGCUGGCUUAGUGCAGAACACUCAUAUUGACAAAGAUUCACCUUUAGAUAAAGCGUUUUCUGCAACUUCACCUUUGUGCGAAACGUAUGAUACUGCAAAAAUGGUUAUCAGAUCCUUGUGAAAUUAGUGCUUAAUCUGAAACUUAAUGCCACACAGCGUAGUGAAAACUAUCUCGAGAUCGACGUAUCGAGGAGCAUUCUGGGACGAGAUAACGAAAAAUCUCUCUUUCUACGUUUCUCUGGUACUGAAGCUACAGGGGCACGUCUGUAAGCUACAGCUCUACACGGGAAAUUUAUGUAUGUAGCUUCUGUCAUAUUGGACGAGUGUCGAAGAAACGAGUUCGAUCAAUUCCUCUUCUCUGUUAGGUAUCGCAGCCUCUAAGUGUAUUCGCCAAGACCACACAUAUCUCACAUUCUGCCACAUUCGAGAACACGGACUAUGGAGACUGGGUCUGCAUCCUUGGUCUGCUGCACUUAAGACAGGGCGGCCAACUGGGUGGAUGUUGCACAGAGCUAUUCAUUUCGUCGACAACUUGUACAAUUCCGCAAUAUUAUUCUUAAACUUUUUCAUUUUUAAAUUUAUUUACAACGUUUUGCCUAAAACGCACCGUCGUUUACAUUAGCUGGAAUGAAUCAUAAGGUGGCAUACUUUUGAACCAUUUAUUAACUGACCUAAAUUAAUGGUUCUGCGUUUUAGACACUCCCAGACCAGACUGAAGAGCAAUUCAACUUCCUAUUUCUUAUAGGUAUGUUAUAAGGACAUAAAGCUGACACGAAAUCUUUUUCGGGUACCGUAUUCUACCACGAUUUUUUCUCUGCUGCUAUCGAAACUUACAGGCAGUCAUUCGCUACAGGUUUUCCUUAUGCCCAAUCUCGCCCUCUCAUUUCGUUGGUACCUUGCAUAAUGUCACAAUAUUUUCAUUACAUUUUCUGAUUCUUAAAUUUUUAUAAUAUUUUACGUCUUAAUAUCGUAAAAUUAUAUACUAUUUUUUUCUAGAACGUACUGACAAAACCACAUGCUUCUUAUUCAUAUCUUAAUAGACCUAAAUUAAUUUUUCCGUGCCUUAGACAGUCCUAAAUAAAAUUAAUGAACAGAUUAAUCCCUUAGUCUGUAUAAGUGUGAUAUAAGUUCGAAAGGCUAACACGGAAUUUCCAGUCAGCAGUCUAUCAUGUUGUUCGAUUCUCCUCUGCCCAACUGUUUAGAACGUUCUUCGUCGUAAUAUAGAAAUAAAAUAUAUAUGAAUUCUCCCAGAGAGUGCCAAUAAAACAACGUUUCUUUUUGAGCCAUUUCAUAAAAAACCCAAAUUACUAUCUUUCUACAUUUCAGAAAGACCCAGAUUAGCGGAAUAAAUUGAUUAACCACUUAUUCCUUACUGAUACGGUGUAACCACGAAAGGCUGACACGGAAUUUCCUUCGGACUCCUCGUUCUGCCUCGACUUUUUCUCUGCUGGUAUCGAUAUAUCGAAACAGGUGUCAUUGGCCAUUGACACUCCAGUCGUUUUGUUUUAUUUCCCCUCUUCUCAACCCCAUCCCUACCCUUCCCCAGAUUUUCCCCAUCCUUCCCCACCAGUCUACCGACGAUAUACCUCGAUACAGAGCGUCGACGCCCAGCGGACAGCGUCGAUAACCUGUUGCGAGAGUAUCGACUCGGCCGCGACCCGCCUCAACAGGUGCGGCGCUUCGACUGGACCCGAGUCAGUGCCGUGGGGGACGUCGCCCGGUGCGCACCACUCACCAGGACGUCGACGGCGCCUGGGACGAACAACGCCUCGACAGAGCGCCUCUCACCUCCGUCUGGGACCUGGCGGCAGGGAUGCGCCGGGAACAGUGACUGCCUCGUAUGGGCCUAGUUGCACGCCGUCAACUGUUUUUCGCACAGUGUUUGGCGCCCAGACAUCUGUUUACUGCCCCAGUGCCGCCGCGUUCACACGGGUGUGCCCCAGUUCUUCGACUUGGCUGUGCCGAGUUCCUUUUUUUUUCCUUUUUUUCUUUUUGGCCCACUUUCUUCGUCGCCUCAUUCUUCUUGCCGCCGUCUUCUCACGGUCGCUGGUCGUUUCCUUUAAAGCGCAACCAGCGCCUCCGCGCUUAAGGAAAGUUGCCACAGGAGAGCGGAAUAAUUUCUGCCCCCCCCGACGUCUUCCACCGCCAACCCUCCCGUCACCCCUCUCCCUCCCCAAAUAACGCUACUGUCUGCGUGUGGUGCGUGUGAAAAGUGCUUGCGUCUUCAGCCAUCAAUCCGACGAGAAAGGACAACAGACGGGCCCGCUGCCUUCGGUUCUCGUUUUGUUUUCGUUACUGCGCUCCGCACCGCCGCACGCCAGCCUAAACAGGCGGAAUUGUCAGCAGCUGCCUGAGAAGAUUCGGCUGAGAAAGGACAUUCGUGAGGUGCGGUCUAAACGUCGGGGGCCCACCGAUCGUUCGUCUUCGGGAGCCGAGUGCGACUACGAGACGCGGCCGCGCUGGAGUGAGAAGACAAUCAUUUCUCCUCCUGAUCGUGUCAUCUGUUCCGAAAGGACUCGAGCAGACUACUUUGUCAGUAGAAACUAAUGGCUGGUGCUGCAUUAACCAGGCGACCUCUCCGACAGUCAGUGGGAGUGUCACCUGCUAACUAAAUUUCCAUAACUUCUGCGAGUAAAUUCAGAUACAACAGAGUACAUAUAGAAAAAUUGUUCAGUUCCUCUUUCCUUAAGACCAUUCACGUAAUAUGUUCAUGUUCUAUUUGUGAAGCAUUAAUUGACUCAACACUUUGACUGUUGACUGUGGGAGAAUAAAAUUCGUUUCCAGCAUUUGGGAUCAAAAGCUAACUUACUGAAAAGGAAACUGAAGUAACUUCAACAUCAAACAGACCUGCAAAGGCUACUAAGUGCAUGAAAUACAGUACUUACCAGAAGAGUUGAAGCUGUUUUAGUGAGUCGUGCCAACACUGACGUUUGACCUAAUGCAGAACUCAAACUUUGUAUCAUAUCGUAAAACGUCAAAAAUGGCAGCAUUUAUUCUCGUAAACAGGUAACUUUUUCCAAAUUUUUUACGUAUCCCCCCCUCCCUCCUUCCGAGAAAUCGACUAAACAGACUCACGAGUGAAUGUAACAUCAAGAAUGGAAGUAUUCGAAUUAUCACUCAGCCUGGGAUGAGAUGCGAUAAGUGGCGUCACACAAGUUAUGACGUCAGACAUUCGUAGGCCACCUGCGCCGGGCAGAUCCGGACGCGGUAGUUCCCAAGACGACCGACAGGGCGGAGCUGCUGGCGAAUCUGCCGACAUGUCCGCAGCGCGUUUGCGUUCGCCAAAAGGUCUGCUCGUGGCAGCUUCGGAAGACGAUGAGGAGCUGACCAGUACUCCCAGAUGCGAGCUACAGCCUCGGGAUAUUGCUGAAAGGGGCCCAGACGAUACGACUGGCAGAAUUAGAGGUCAAGUAUCUGCGAUCGUAUCCGAAGGAGACGAAUCAGAUGAUCUGGUGGCCAAGUCUGAUGCUAGACAUCUGGCUCAGCAUCUCGCUGGUAUAAAUUUGGGCCAAAAGUCUCAAAUCCAUUCCCAAGACAGUGAAACCAAAUUACCACUGCAGUCACAGGGAAUUUGUGGCACUAAAACUAAAUUAUUAGAUAAAAAGCAAGAUUUUGCUGAGAGAGAUGUGCUGAAUGUAUCGAAGAGUCCCUUAACCCAAAGCAGGCCGCUCGGAAAAGAAGCAGAGCAGUCCACGAGCGAGAAACGCAGUGGAAUCGUUCUCCCGAAAUUAAACGUUGAAACUAAAGCGAAAGAUCAUUCUAUAUCACUCGCGACACUGAUGGAGGAGGAAGCUGACUCCAACAGGAACCUAGUCUCCCCUCAAGUCGAAGUAAUAAUACAUGAAGAUACUACUGGUCCGUCAGAAGAACUAGAGGACUGGGCAGUGAUCACUGGAAGGGAGAGGAAGUGCUCUGAAGAAGAAUCUGGCAGGAUGGCCCCUCACAGGAUAUCGCCUUCCUUUAGCGGCUGGCAGGCAGACAGUGGUGAAGACACACCGAUUGUGUCCCCAUUGCUUUCGAGGCGUGACUCCCGAAUGACAGGGGACACAGACAGCGUAUCCACCAGGAGUUCCAUUUCGUCAGAACCCUUACUCUCUUCACGCACCAUGGGUGAUGUCGAUAGCCUGUCUACUAGAAGUUCCAUCUCUUCAGAACCUGCGAUGACAUCUUCAGUUACUGCAUCUUCUAGAUCCAGUCGGGGCAGCCUCGAACUGGGAAGUGAACACUAUGGCGGGCUUCUGUUAACUCCGUCAGACUUCUCUAGUACCGAUGACGGAGCUUCUGACUGCUCUGGCCUCACUGUAGACCUACAACACCGAACAUCGCUGGAUGAUUCAAUUCCCAUGACAUCACCCAAAGACUGGGGAUUUCUCGAAGAAGUCGGUAGUCGCAUGGUGAAUCCACUACUACAUACUAUGCCAGGACGUUUCUUUCAUAGUCUGGACCAAGACUGCGGUGCGUCUUUGCCUGGAGGGUGGUGUGCCUCAGAUGAAUCUACAACAAGUGGCUUCAUGAGUGCAUCGGUGACUUCGUCUGAGCUAUCCAGUAGUAGGCCCAAGACGUCAUGGAGGUCAAGCAGUGGGGGCGAAUUGCUGCUGGCAGUCGAUCGGCGGUUAUCGACAGAUGAUACUGCUUCGACUUUGUCCCCACCUGUCGGCUGGAGUGCUUCUGAUGAACCUUUGUGUGGACCCAGUGGUGUUUCGAGUUCUGGAGAGAAUGCGGGAAAUAAGGUCGGACAGGAAGACACAACAGAAGCAAUGGGGCGACAGAGAAGGCACGCAGCAUCAGACGAGGAACGACCAGAGCUCGGCUCCACGAGUGCUGAAGAAUGUUCGUCAGAGAGGGAUAGACCAGUGAUGACCAUCGAUCAGUCAGGUGGCAACAAAGAUGCGAUAACUAGCAGGAGAAAGCAGAGUGCCCCGACAGCUCCGCCAUCGGGUGCCGGAUCUGAGGCGACGUCGAGGAAGGAAAGGAGGCUGCCGCCGAUUGCACCAAAAAGUGGGAGACCACAGCCUCUGAGGAGGUUCAGUGCCGGGCCGAUGCAACGGACCUACUCCGAGGUCUGCUCUCAGAAGCCUCCGGUCAGGCUCUCUGCCCGCCGCCAAACUCUGGCGUACGCUGGUGGAACGGGGUUCGCAGAGGACCGGGCAGACGCCGCGACCGGAGGUGACGGACGGGGAAGUGCGCCGUUCGUCGGGCAGGUGCGAAGCGGCAGGAAGAUUUCUUCUGGGACAAUCGGAGCAGGGAGGGGUCAGCGCUCUGCCCAGGCGCCUCAGAGGCGAAUCAGGGAAGAGGGACCACCAGUGGCGGAGCCCCCGUCCGAUACAAAAGCGGCGGAUGGUUCCGGGGGUUUCGCGUCUGCUGGGUCCCCGGAGGUCGUCCGGCGGGGCGAGCCCCCCGCGUGCCGUACGCGCGCGGCUGUGGCGCUGACGAUGCCGCCCCCGGGGGCGGAGGAAUCCCCGGACUCGCCGCCGCCUCCCGGCGACUGGCCCGGCGGCCCCCGCUGCCCGUCGCCCCUGCACGGCUCCAGCAGGCCGCGCUCCCUCAUGGAGUCCCUGCUGCUGGCCAAGAUGGAGCGCGCCUCGGCGCCCGGGGCCGGCGGCGGCCUGCUGAGGCGGAUGGACUCCACGGACUCGGCCACCAGCUCGCUGUCCUCCAGCUCGGCCGCCGGGCCCGACGUCUGCCGCUGCGACGACUGCCUGCUCGGCAUCGCCGACCUGUACGCCUCGUCGCCCGCCGAGGACGCGCGCCGCCGCAAAAAGGUAACUCUCAUCUCGCACAACUGA